CUCAGCAAUACUACACCAAUUUUUACUUAGCUCAGAGUUUAUCUCCAGGAUUUCCCGCGCGUAGGCAGCAGCAACCUGUGACUGCGAGCACAAGAGGAAAGAUUGCUAAGCUAGAGCUAGAGAGUUGUUGGGAGGAAUCCAGGUGUUGGUGGGGAGGGGAGGUGGCCUAGCAGGGUGAGGAGUUGAGGAGUUUGGAGGAGGCGCAGAGGAGAGAGGUGAUGGAGACGGACAGCCCGCGGAGCCCGGAGGCGGCGAUCGGGCACCGGGUGGAGGACCUGUGGGAGAUUGCGCAGCCGCAGCUCUCGCCCUCCGAGAAGCUCAACUCCUGCUUCGAGGACAUCCCAGUCGCAUCCUUCCCGCGGGCCCACCCCUCGCAAGUAAUCGAGAUACCUUCCGAUGCCAGCCUUGCUGAUACUGUUGAAACAUUAUCUAAAAACAAAAUUUUGAGUGCACCCAUAAGAAAUGUCGAUGCACCAGAGGAUGCUAGUUGGAUAGACAAAUACAUUGGUAUUGUGGAAUUUGCUGGUAUUGCGAUGUGGUUGCUUCACCAGACGGACGCUUCACCUAAUGGGACAGCUGGUUCUGCAGUUGGAUCACCUGUAGCCAAUCUAGCAGCUAGGUUGGGCUCUUUCACAUUCAGAAGAACGUCGUCUGGCAGGGUAGAAACCACCACUGAUUCAGAAUCAGAUGAAGCAGCAUCAGUUGGUGGAAGCUUUUUUGAAACUCUUACUUCCUCUGAGUUCUAUAAGAACACAAAGGUUGGCGACAUCUCAGGAAGCUUCCGAUGGGCACCGUUUCUUGCCUUACAGACAUCUGACACAUUCCUCACCAUGCUGCUUCUUCUAUCCAAGUACAGGAUGAAGAGCCUCCCAGUGGUAGAUAUGGGGGGAGAUCACAUUGAGAAUAUCAUUACACAAUCUUCAGUUGUGCACAUGCUCGCAGAGUGUGCUGGACUUCCUUGGUUUGAAAGCUGGGGAACUAAGAAACUCUGUGAUCUGGGUCUUCCUCUGAUGAAGCCAUACAAACUGGUUAAGGUAAAUGAAGAUCAGCCAGUCCUAAAAGCCUUCCAACUGAUGAGGGAGAAAGGUGUUGGUGGUCUGCCAGUUAUGGACACAAGCGGAACAAAAGCAAUUGGUAACAUUAGCAUCAGAGAUGUUCAAUAUCUUCUGGCUGCCCCCAAGAUAUACAAACAAUACAGGACGAUCGCGGCGAAGGAUUUCCUUACCGCGGUCCGGCAUCAUCUCCAGGAGCAACAGGAGGCUUCCCCCUUCCUGCAUGACGUCAUCACAUGCAAGAGGGACGACGCAAUUAAGGACAUCAUACUGAAGCUGGACUCGGUGAAGAUCCACCGGAUCUACGUGGUCGACGACAAGGGGAACGCCGAAGGGGUGAUAACACUGAGGGACAUAAUCUCCAAGCUGGUGCACGAGCCACGCCACUACUUCGGGGACUUCUUUGACGGCGUUGUUCCUCUACCCGCAAACAGCACCGUAUGACGCGACGCUGCGCUCUUUGAAAAUUUGCACAACUUCGGAACGCUGUCAUCCUUCAGUAUUUGGGCAUUUAAGCUAGACUCUUCUGUUGAGACAUUCUUGGUCUUGGCUUCUUCUUGGGUGAUCUCACGCAUACGUGAUGAGUUGGUAGAGUCCAGCUGUAAGUUAUGUGUCAUGGUUCAUUCCGACAUUCCAUGUUCAUCUUCCACCAUAUGAAGGUGUGUACCGUCCGACGGCCCAUCCAUGAAGAGGCUUCCUGAACGACGAGUGGGCACCAAGCAAGAGAGCACUGGAAAAGGUCCAAGGUGUAGAUGAUAGCAGUUAGCUUAAGACCACUCCUUGAGCAACAGUGACAAGUGACAACAACAUAAUGAGUUUGGUACGGAAGAUAGAACGGAUGCCCAGAGCGUCAGUGUAAAAUUACAGUUUACCAGAUGGAGGCUUCCUCUAAAACCCAAUGGCACUAAUUCGAGUUCACUAGGUGGUUACAGCCUUUUAAAUGCCACUAUGCCCAGUCAUCACCGGUUCUCAGAAACAUGAUUACAGUGAGCCCACCAGGGUACAACUGCUACACUAAAAAAUCGAGAAUCUCCAGCUAGAUGUCAUGUACGAGUACCUAACCCACAAGGAAGAGAUCAACGGAUACAACAUGAAGAAAGGGAAGAUAAACACAGCAUCUCCAUCCACUCCCUUCAAGAAAUGACGCACCCUGAGUCCCUGAGCCACCUGACAAAGGCAAACGAAAAGUGAAAUCUAUAUCUGUUUGAUAGCUUGAAGGCUCUGCAUGGGAUUGACACAAAGUAGACAAUCAUGUUCUAGUACCAAUCAAAGCAACUAAAAAUAUUUUUAAACAGAGUGGCAUGCAGGUAAAACAAUGCAAUUGCAACUUCA